CCUAAAAGUUGUUUGCAAUCCGCCAUUAAAUAAGAGAAGAAGAAGAAGCAACAGCUAACUGGUUAGCUCAGGGCUAGCGAGUAGAAAUGAAUCUACAUCUGAAAAAGAGCUGUGUGUAUUUUCACAGGCUGGAACAGGAUUGACAUUUCCAAGCACUAGUGAGGUGCACAGCCAAACAAGGCAUCUACAAUGGGCCAACGAAGGCGAGCAGCAGCUGUGAAUAACCCUUCACCUCAUAAAGUCGCAGGAGCUCGUGCAGAGGUUUGCGGGGUUCCCAGCAGGAAGCACAGCAUCUGCAUGGUGUCCGACUUCUUCUAUCCGAAUAUGGGAGGAGUAGAAAGUCACAUUUACCAGCUAUCCCAGUGUUUGAUUGAAAAGGGACACAAGGUGGUAAUUGUCACCCAUGCCUAUGGCAGGAGGAAGGGUGUCAGGCACCUGACCAACGGACUGAAGGUCUACUACCUCCCCCUGCAGGUGAUGUACAACCAGUCCACAGCCACCACCUGCUUUCACAGUCUCCCACUGAUGCGCUGUGUGUUUGUAAGGGAACGCAUCACUGUCGUGCAUGCACACAGCUCGUUCUCCGCCAUGGGCCACGAUGCACUGUUCCACGCUAAGACCAUGGGCCUUAACACGGUGUUCACUGACCACUCACUCUUUGGCUUUGCUGAUGUGAGCUCCGUGCUGACUAACAAGCUUCUGACUGUGUCGCUGUGUGACACCAACCACACUGUGUGCGUGUCGUACACCAGUAAGGAGAACACGGUGCUCCGUGCAGCCCUCAACCCAGAGAUAGUGUCUGUUAUUCCCAACGCUGUCGACCCUACGGACUUCACCCCUGACCCCUCCCAGCGCCUAGACGACAGGAUCACUAUUGUUGUGAUCAGCCGUCUUGUCUACCGCAAAGGAAUCGAUCUUCUUGGUGGAAUAAUCCCAGAGCUCUGUCUCAAACACCCAGAUCUGCACUUCCUAAUUGGUGGAGAGGGACCUAAGAGACUUGUGCUGGAGGAAGUAAGGGAGAAGUACCAACUACAUGACAGGGUGCGCCUGCUGGGGGCCUUGGAGCAUAAAGAUGUUCGUGGAGUUUUGGUGCAGGGUCACAUCUUCCUCAACACAUCUCUGACUGAAGCGUUCUGCAUGGCCAUACUAGAAGGAGCCAGCUGUGGACUGCAGGUGGUUAGCACCCGUGUGGGGGGCAUUCCUGAGGUGUUGCCUGAGGAGUUGAUUACCAUGUGUGAGCCUAAUGUGCGGGCGUUGUGUGCUGGUCUGGAGACGGUCAUCGCCCGGCAGCGUUCAGGGUCUGUCCCCUCCCCCGCCUCCAUCCAUGCACGUGUGCAAAACCUCUACACCUGGAGAAAUGUUGCUGCGAGGACUGAAAAGGUGUACGACCGAGUGGCUGGAGAGGAGGUGCUUCCCCUUGACAGACGGUUACGGAGGCUGAGGGCCCACUGCGGCCCUGUGGCUGGCUCCAUCUUUGCAUUUGUUGCUGUUUUAGACUUCCUCUUCCUGCUGCUUCUGCAGUGGUGGGUGCCAGAUCGGGUCAUGGAUGUCGCUGUGGACGCCACCGGCCCUCACGGACUGUGGAGGCAGGUACCCAGCAGUAAAGUAGGAGCUCAUUCUAAAAGUGCCGUGAACCGAGCAGCAGAGUCAACAUUGUGAUCGCUCCAUACCUCUGCCUCACUUCUAGCUGUUUAAAUGUUGUUGUAUGUUCUCUUUGGGGUGCCAACUGACAUAUGAAACGCUGAAUGUGCUCAAGGCAACCCUGAACAUUGUUUACAUUUACUUAUCAAAAGGGACCUUGUGUGAAAGCCAUUUUAUCUAAAACUUGGGAGCAGCAUUGUUUUCAUACUUAAUGAUUAAAAUGGAAACCUGUGGAAUUCCUUGGAGCUUUAGCUAUAGCUAUAAUUAUAUCAGUGCAAAUUACUUUUUCUGAUUUUGAUAUCAUCAAUGCUACUUUUUUGUUGCAUAAUUUGAAAUGUUACAUAUUUAUAUGAUACCUGGGAGUUUUUUCAGAUGGUCAUGUGUCUUCCAGACAAUCCAUUCUGGAAAAUAAAGCGUACUUUCUCAUGUUU